AUGAUUGCUUUUUGCAACAUGAACUACGACAGCGGCAUAAGCAUUUUUUUCAGAACUGCAUACAGUUUUGAAAAAGUUUUACUGUUUAUCAACAUAUUGACUGUAAUUGAAAUGAGUGCAAAUGUGAUUCAAAUCGAGUACAGACUCAGAAGCAUAAGAGAUAUAUUGCAAGAUUUUUGUUUAUCAAAAAAUAGUACACCAGGUACGAUUGAUGUGGUCGCGGAGAAGAAUUGGUUGUACUUCUCGAAGGACAAAGAGAAUGCUAAAAAGAUUAAGGGGAAUUCUUCACAUGUUUUUGUGUUCAAUCAUGUAAAUGAUUUAAGUUGGUUAAAUAAAUGCUAUCUGCUGUUGAUUCAACAAAGCACUUUUAUUAACACAGCAUUUGGUGUUAGGGAUGGUCUUAUAGAAACAAAAUGCCUUACAGCAUCACAAUGUGCUGGGUGGAUAUGGGUAUGUGCAGUAAUGUUUUUUGGUUUGAUGUACCGUUGUGAAAAAACUUACGAGCAAAGGGAACAGAUAAUUGGCAUUGUAGACCACAUUUUGGUCAGCAAAGAUAUCAAUACAUCAACGAGAAAAACCUUGACUGAGUUUCGCAGGCUGGUCUGCUUAAAGCCCGUCGAGUUCACAGCGGCUCGCAUCCAAAGGCUGGACUACGGUUCACUCAUCACAUAUACUUCUGUUGUGAUGACCUUCACUGUACUUUUGUUGCAAAACAUUGAAGUUAAUUGA